AUGCUGCACACAGGUUUAUCCGUUGAUCUGGAUCUGCGAGGCAAGACGGCCACACAGAGUAGCGACUACUAUGAUACUGAUCUCGGUAUACCUCUAACUGCAGACAGAGCAUUAGACGGAGAUACCGCAACAUUUUCACACACUCUGUGCACGGGAAACCAAUGGUGGAGAGUUGACCUGGGGGAUACGUACUGCUUCACAAGAAUCACUAUAGUCAACAGAAAUGAACUCGGUGGGCGACUGAACGGUGCUGUAGUGCGGGCUGGUUUGGAUCCAUCAGAUUUCUCACAGAACACACGGAUAGGAACAGUCACAAGUACCCAGGCAACCAACGGAGCAACGAUUCCUUUUACAUCGAAUCCGGCCAUCUCUGCUCGAUACGUUAGUGUGGAAUUAUGCAUCUACUUUGAGGAUUGUUUCUAUACCUGUGUGUCGGAGAAUCGUAGCCAGGACUGA